AUGCGCAUCCAACGCUUCUCCACAGCCCUCCGCACUUUCACCUCCUCCUUCAGAUACUACCGGCCCACAACCCUCAUCACGAAAGCCGCCUCUCAACCGAAUAAACCAUCCCUCCCAAUCUCAAAGUCCACUACACUCAAAGCCGCCCCAGGAAUCCUCCCAUUUCUAAGCUCUUUCUUCACCUCAACCGCUAAACCCGAAACCGACAACAAUAGCAUGUCCUACCCCGACCAGCGCAGCGCCGAAGAAUGGCGCGCCGUCCUAAGCCCAGAACAAUUCCGCAUCCUCCGUGAAAAGGGCACCGAGCGUCCUGGCACUGGCGAGUAUGAUUCCCACUACCCCUCUGAGGGUGUAUACAGCUGUGCGGGGUGCAAUGCCCCGCUAUACAAGGCGACACACAAAUUCAAGUCCGGCUGCGGCUGGCCCGCAUAUUUUGAUUCUAUCCCUGGUGCUGUGACAAGGCAUACGGAUCAUACCUUUGGGAUGCAGCGGACGGAGAUCGUCUGCAGUAACUGUGGAGGUCAUCUGGGGCAUGUUUUUAAGGGGGAGGGGUUUCCGACACCGACGGAUGAAAGGCAUUGUGUUAAUAGUGUUAGCCUGAGGUUUCAGGAAGGGGAGGAUGUAAAGGCGAAGGCGUAA